AUGGAAUCUCUGAUCAGAAAGCUCAACAAAUGGCAUGAGCUGAAGAAAGAGCACCUCCUCCUGCUACACGAGAGAAGGCAGAGAGAGGUGGAAAGGGCUGUUGGGGAGGCAAAGAAGACGAGGAACAUCAAAGCGCUUCUUCGGAUAUUGGCUACAGAUGCAGACAAAUGCAAGGGACUCAAGGAGUUUCUUGAUGAAGAGUUCAAGAGGAGUAUAUCGUUCAAUAGCAAGGAGAGGAUAAGCAUGAUUGUUGAGUGCAUGCGCAUCUUGGGCUUGGAAUGCGAAAACUACAGGUUGAUGUUGAUAGAUCACCUUGAAAAUGUUUGUUCAAGGGUCUCGAAGGCCUGUGUUGCAGCGAGGAUUAAGAGUCUUGGAGAGCUUAGGGAAUAUGAUAUGACAAACGGUCUGAAGAUCCACGAGUACAUUGAAAGGAGGAUCGAUGGGGAGAUUGACAGGUAUAUGGAGAGGAUCCCUGUGGGGAAUCCAAGGGAACUGGAUGGGUGGCUGAACGAGAUGGUUGAUGUGUGCAAGUACAGACCAAAGGUUGUGGAAACAUAUGGAGACCUGGAGAUCAAGUACUUUUCCAUGUGUCUUGGGAUUGUCAUGCUGAAUGAUAGAGUAAGUGCUGUAGAAGAUGUUGUAUACCUGGUCAACAAGAUUCACCGUCGAAGCAGUGCUGUCGGGGUUUGCAUAGACAAUGAGAUGAUGGGAAAGCUGAAGGAGUAUGAAAUGCUAGAAGAAGGUGAGAUCAAAGCAUUGUUUCAAAAGUAG